AUGGAAAUCAGUUGGAAGGGUCGUUGCCGCAAUUUGCGCACAUGUGGAGAGUUGGAAGUUCUAGACCUUGGAAACAACAAAAUUCAAGACACAUUCCCAAAUUGGCUAGAAUCUCUUCCGAAGUUGCAGGUUCUUAUCUUGAGGUCUAACAAAUUCUAUGGUGAAAUAUGCAUUCCAAAAACUAAGUUUCCAUUCCAAAAAUUGCAUAUCAUAGACCUCUCCAACAAUCGGUUUAGCGGUCUCUUGCCAACAAAAUAUUUUGAACGUUUGACGGCCAUGAUAAACUUGCAAGAACAUGGACUGAAAUAUAUGGGAGAGGGCUACUAUCAGGAUUCUGUGGUAGUUACAAUUAAAGGCUUCGAAAUUGAAAUGGAGAAGAUCCUGACGUUCUUCACAAUUAUUGAUUUCUCAAACAACACUUUCAGAGGAGAGAUUUCAAGUGUAAUCAGUAAGCUUAAAUCAUUGAAGGGGCUUAACUUUUCUCAUAAUGAGCUUACAGGUAAAAUUCCACCAUCAUUUGGCGAAAUGAGCAAUCUUGAAUGGUUAGAUCUGUCUUCAAACAAACUUGUUGGUGAUAUUCCGGAGCAAUUGGCAAAUUUGACGUCACUAUCAAAGUUCAAUGUUUCAAAAAAUCAACUUGUGGGGCCCAUACCUCAUGGAAAGCAAUUUGAUACAUUUGAAAAUGAUUCAUACAGUGGAACAGGAUUGUGUGGAUUGCCACUUUCUAAAACAUGCAGUGCACCUCAAUCACCGCCAUCGUCAUUCCAACAAGAGGAUGAUUUGGAGCAUGGGAAUGGUUUUGAUUGGAAGGUAGUGUUGAUGGGGUAUGCAUCUGGUGUGGUAAUUGGAAUAUCUAUGGGAUAUCUUGUACUCUCUAAUGGAACACCAGAUUGGCUUGUUAAAGUGGUAGGAAGAAAGCAACGUCGUAGAAUUGUGAAAAUCACACAAUGA